GGAUACAGCUUUUGUCAAAUUUGACUUUUCGUAGCAGGUUAGGAGAAUUUACACAGCAUGUUAGGAUAAAUAACGUAGCACGUUAGGAUAAUUAGGUUAAGAUUUGGAAAAAGGUCAGAGUUAGCUCAAAUGACAAAAUAAAUACACUUUUGACAAAAGCUGUAGCCUUUCUAGCCAUGACCACUUACUGGGUGAAAGGUGAUGAGAAGCGCUGCAUACCCCACGAGCGGAGCAACAACACAAACUACCGCAAGCGCCUUCCUCUACAAUCUAGUCUAGAAAAUAGCCGCAACAUUAUUUUUUAUUUUGAAUGGUCGAGCGAAAACAACUUUUCACAUAUCGGAAUUCGCAGAAUAUCACAAAAUUCUAAGGUGACAUGACCAACCAGGUGUCAGACGUCCCCACUGAGCGGACGUUCCAGUACCAGCAUAGCCUGCCUCCUCUCCCUGUACCGUCUCUAGAGGGGAGCCUCGCCAAGUACCUGGAUGCAGUGCGGCCGUUUGCUACAGAGGAGGAGUACCAGGUGACUGCAGCCGUAGUGAAGAGGUUUGGAGAGGGCAUCGGCAAAGACCUGCACCAAAAACUACUGCAGAGAGCCAGGACACGCAGGAACUGGUUGGAGGAGUGGUGGUUGGAUGCAGCCUAUCUGGAAUUGCGUUACCCCUCCCAGUUGAAUGUGAACUUCGGAGGUCCUGCACCCUACCUAGAGCACUGCUGGCCCCCUACAGAGGGAGUACAGCUACAGAGGACCAGCAUAAGCAUGUGGCACACUCUGCAGUACUGGGACCUGCUUCGCACGGAGAGGCUGGACCCUCAUAAAGCUGGUAAUGUGGUGUUGGAUAUGGACCAGUUCAGAAUGCUUUUCUGUACAUGUAAAGUUCCUGGAGUCACCAAGGAUACCAUCAUCAACUACUUCAAGACAGAGAGUGAGGGUCCAUGCCCCUCCCACGUGGUGGUGAUGUGUAAGGGGCGUUUCUUCUCGUUUGAUGCAGUGUGUGACGGACACAUUCUUACCCCUCCAGAGCUGCUCAGGCAGCUGACCCAUGUGAAGCAGUGUUGUGAAGGGGAGCCAGCAGGAGAUGGUGUCGCCGCUCUCACCUCAGAGGAGAGGACACUCUGGGCUAAGGCCAGGGAGUAUCUGAUAGGUAUAGAUCCAGCCAAUAAGACCAUCUUAGAGACCAUUCAGAGCAGUCUGUUUGUGGUCUCACUGGACGAUGCUAAACCCUACGCUACUUCAGAGAACUACACACCGGUGACCCGGGAAGCGCUGACAGGAGACCCCACCAUCCGCUGGGGAGACAAGUCCUACAACUCCCUCUCCUUCGCCGACGGAACCUUCGGAUCCAAUUGUGACCAUGCCCCCUACGAUGCCAUGGUGCUGGUAACUCACUGUUACUAUGUGGAUCAGCAGCUCAAAGCUACAGACGGCAAGUGGAAGGGCUCUGAGACGGUGCGGCCUAUGCCUCUUCCUGAAGAGAUGGUCUUCACUGUGGAUGACAGAGUCAGGAGUGACGUUGCACAUGCCAAGCAACAGUACUUUGAGACUACUCAGGACUUGCAGGUGGUGUGUUAUGCAUUCACCUCGUUUGGGAAAGCAGCCAUCAAACAGAGGAAGCUCCACCCAGACACCUUCAUACAACUGGCCCUUCAGCUGGCUUAUUACAGACAGCAUGGGAGGUUAGGUAGUUGCUAUGAGACAGCGAUGACCAGAAGGUUCUACCACGGCAGGACUGAGACCAUGAGGCCCUGUACCCUGGAGGCACAGAACUGGUGCCAUACCAUGCUCCUCCCUGCAGCCAGCGCUGAGGCUAAGAGGAAAGCCCUUCUGCUGGCCUUCAACAAGCAUAACAAACUGAUGGCUGAGGCACAGAACGGAAAAGGUUUUGACAGACAUCUCCUGGGCCUGUACCUGAUCGCCAAGGAGGAGGGACUUCCUAUGCCAGACCUUUUCACUGAUCCACUGUAUUCCAAGAGUGGUGGGGGCGGUAACUUUACCCUGUCCACCAGUCUGGUUGGCUACACCACAGUCCUGGGAGCGGUUGCUCCCAUGGUGCACCAUGGCUACGGGUUCUUCUACCGCAUCGGAGACGACAGGAUUGUGGCUUCCUGUACAGCGUGGAAGACCAGUCGAGAGACGGAUGCAGAGGCACUGUUCCAGAACCUGGUUUCCUCCCUACAUGAGAUGUUACAUCUCGCUACCACAGCUCAGCUCUAACACACACACACACACACACACACACACACACACACACACACACACACACACACACACACACACACACAGUUUGUAGAUGGUAGUCAAUAAUAGUUUAGUUCUGCACAGAUCAAUGCAAAGGCACAUUUAUUGUUUUCUACAUUUAAAAAAGAAAAAUGUAUUAUUUGUUUAAAUGCAGCUCAACAAAUUAGUUAAUUUUGCACUUAGUGAAUCAUUCUCUGUGAUUUUAUGUAGCAGGUAGAUCGGGGAUUCUGUUUAGAUUUCGUCUGUUUUUAUGUUGUGAGAAACAUUUAGUGUUAACCCAUGCCAUGCACUGUACACCGCUAAGCUAACAUACACAUCCUAACUCGCCGUCACCAUACACUUCCCCUCUGCAGUGACCAACGUAGCAUCGCGUCACCUGUCCCUGGUCAUUAGUGAUUCAUGAAUAGCACUGUACACCGCUAAGCUAACAUACACAUCCUAACUCGCCGUCACCAUACACUUCCACUCUGCAGUGACCAGCGUAGCAUCGCGUCACCUGUCCCUGGUCAUGAGUGAUUCAUGAAUAGUAUUCUUUUUCUAUAUUGAUUGGCUUUUCCAGAAGAGUGACUGAGGCUUAGAUGUUCUUGGUUGGUUGAAAUGACUCUUUUAGAACGUAACUGUCGUCGUAGCUGUGAAAUUGAGAAACAGAGAAACGGGUCAUGUUGUCUUUGACUACCGUCUCACCUCAGGCCUCAUGGGUAUUAUAUAAGGGCCCUACUCAAUCAAAACUGUUUUCCAGUUUCCAGGGCAAGAAAAAUGAUUGUUUUUAUGUUUUGCACAUCAGUAGAGGAUUAUGCAUUUGGCUGGAUAUGAUCAAUGAAACGGUGUUUGGGUGAGACGGAAGGAAACCCAAGUAAAUUAUAAUGUGCCUUUUUGCUGUGUCCUUAUUUUAGUCUGUCCCCAGAGAUCUGGUUUGGGGUUUUGAUUGAAUAGCUCCCUAAUUGACCGGACUUUUUAGACUUCAAAAGCUGCUGAAUAGCUCUACCACUCCUAUGCCAGAUCCAUAGGCUGCCACCCUAUGCAAUAUGCCAUUUUAUGUAGGAGAUGUCUGUAAUAAUGAACAUUCCUGUCACAAUAUACCCAUGAUACAUCACGGUUUUGAUGCUCUCGAACACGGCCGUUGUGUUAAUACCUUUCAGACAGUCUUGAGAUUUUCAGCAUGUUUUUUUGUUGUAAAUGAUAGAAAAGGGAUAAAAGACAAGCGCUGCAUUUAAUUCAACAGAAUGAAAGGAAGCUGUUUUAAUGCCUUAAAGUAGUGAAAAUGAUGUAACCCACUUUACAGUAGGAAAAUUAUAGUUUUGACUUGACUGACAAUGUAAACUUGGAAAAUGUUUUAUUGAAUAUGAAAGUUGUUUAGUGUGAUUAAACUGACAAAUCAAAGUGAUUGAAUCAUGUCAUGAGCCCAAAUAUUCAAAUAAAACAUCUUUAUUAAUGAUGCCUGUUUACAUAAGGAAAAAAGUAAUGCAUACAUACAGUACAUACCCAGGCAGAGGUCAGUUAAUUCAGUGCAACGGAGAAACAGGAACGUGGUUUGUAUCAAUAUACUGUUAGUGCUUGAGCCCCAACCCUCAGCUGUGUGUGUGUGUGUGUGUGUGUAUAUCACUCAACAUAUUACCUACAGUUAAGGUAAACAAAACAUUCAGGAACUCUUUGGUCCUUUUAAAUACCUCAGGCACUUCCAGUAGCAUGAGCAUAGCACAGAGACAGUUUGGAAGGCCACAUCUCAUGAUCAUUUCAAAAAUAAUUCCUCUCAUCAUUAAAGGUCCAAUGCAGCUAUUUUUAUCGCAAUAUCAAAUAAUUUCUGGGUUAGAAUUAAGUACCUUACUGUGAUUGUUUUCAAUUAAAAUUGUAAUUUAAAAAAUAAAAA